UUUUUUGGUCCGAUGCGGUGGAUUUUUGUUCUGCUGAGGUAGAUUUCUGUUCUGAUGAGGAGGAUUUUUGUUCUGAUGAGAUGGAGUUUUGUUCUGAUGAGUUAGUUUUUUGGUCCGAUGCGGUGGAUUUUUGUUCUGCUGAGGUAGAUUUCUGUUCUGAUGAGGAGGAUUUUUGUUCUGAUGAGAUGGAGUUUUGUUCUGAUGAGUUAGUUUUUUGUUCUGAUGAGGCGGAUUUUUGUUCUGAUGGGGCGGAUUUUUGUUCUGAUGGGGCGGAUUUUUGUUUUGAAGAAUUAGGUAAAAUUGAUUUUAAGGAACUGAAAACUGAGGAUGAU